AUCGCGGUCGUGGUCGCGGAUAGGUCGCGAAUAGGUCCCGAAACGAACGUUUAUAUAAGUAUUGCUCGAGCACGCACAUGCGAACGGACAACGAUCAGUAUGAUCGAUGGUCGUCCAUGUUUUGCGAUUAGAAAGACUCGAGCUAGACGUAAGUUUCAGCGGGCAUUGCGCUCGAAGGAAGAAGAGGCUAAAAGCCGAAGAGGCCCGGCAAACUGCCACGAAGAGGGUCACAACAAAUGGUUUCUCAUCCUCUGGAUCAUU